AUGUUUUUGAGGGAAAUUAUCUUGGUGGCACUAGUCUGCUCCCUAACAUACUCGCAUUCCACCAGAAGGAAAGAGGUCAUAGAUCUAGAACAGGCCAUUGAAGAACUUGUACGGUUCGUCAAUGAUGAAGCGCAUAAAAGCCAUCUGGAGAAUCAGGAGUUGAGAAAACGUCAAAUGAGAAGUACAAAAAGUGGACGGAUGAUGCAGCAGAUGAAAUGGAUAUCUCCAGAGCUUAGAACCAAAGAGGAGGCAGCGGUCAAAUCGCUGCAUGCCACAAAGAAUCUUAUGGAAUUGACUGGUUUGUCAUUGCGUGAAAUACAGGACUCCAAGGAAAUAAUGUCAGAAUGGAAGAAGCAGACGACAGCAUGCCCCACCAAUCAAAUCAAUUGUUCUGAUGCGAGUAAUACUUUCCGGUCUGCUAAUGGGUUAUGUAACAAUUUAGUCCAUCCUGGGUAUGGAUCAGCUGGUUCGGCACAGUCUAGAUUUUUACCUCCAGAAUAUGGUGAUGGUGUUGGUUCUCCCAGGACUUUGGGUAAAAAUGGUCAACUACUGCCAAGUCCUCGGGAAAUCAGCAACAAGGUUUUCAAAUCUGAAAAGGAGAAGAUAGAAUCUGAGGUUUCACUCAUGGUAAUGGCUUGGGGACAAUUUUUGGACCAUGAUAUCACACUCACGCCAGCAAGCUCGGGAUCUGAAGGAGCAGUGACGGAUUGUUGCAAUUCCACCUCCGAACUACCAGAGUGUUUCCCAAUCACCAUCCCAUCCAAUGAUGCCCAUUUCACCAACACAGACUGUAUGGAAUUUGUACGGUCAGCGGCCAUCACGGAUACAUGUUCACCAAACCACCGUGAACAGUUCAAUGCUAUCACAGCUUUUAUUGAUGGAUCCAAUGUGUAUGGUUCGUCCAUUAACCAGAUGAAUGGUCUGAGAUCUUUCAACAAUGGGCUGCUGAAGACAUCCACUAAUACAGCAAGUCUUCCUCCAGCUGGUGACCCACACACCUGUCUUGUAAAUUCUACAGAGGAGUUCUGCAUCAAAACUGGAGAUGUACGAGCUAAUGUGGUACCCCAUCUUGGUGCGAAUCAUGUUCUCUUUUUCCGGGAGCAUAAUCGGAUUGCAACAGUCCUCUCAUCCAUGAAUGCGAACUGGGAUGAUGAGAGGACAUUUCAGGAGACAAGGAAAAUUAUCUCUGGAAUCCUACAACAGAUAACUUACUAUGAAUGGUUACCGUCCAUCCUCAGUCCUUCCGAUUUGUCAAAGUAUAAACUUGAGUCGUCAAAUAAUGACGAAUACAAACCCAAGGUCGAUCCCAACAUUCGCAAUGGCUUCGCAGUGGCUGCAAUGCGGUUUGGACACUCAAUGGUCCCCCCACUAGAGGGCUACCUUCUCCAUGAUUAUGCGACCUGGGAAGUGAAAAAACCUAUCCAGGAAACAUUCUUUAGGCCAUCCAUGGUGAUAGGAAAUGAAGGACAGGAUGUCCCAAAACUGGCACGAUGGUUAUGUCACAACAAUUCCAUGAGGACCGACAGGAUAUUUGAGCCUGGUGUACGUGACAUGCUUUUCCUUGACAAUGAUGGCAGAAGUUUUGACUUGGCAGCACUAAAUAUUCAGAGGGGACGUGACCAUGGAAUUCCUCCUUACAAUGCGUACAGGAAAAAAUUUGGAUUAAAUAGGCUUAAUAACUUUAACAACAUGCCAGAUCACAAUAAUGGUGCACGAGGUGCCUUAAAAGAUGUCUACAGCCAUGUCAAUGACAUUGAUUUGUAUGCUGGUGCUAUGUCGGAGAAAAAGACCUCCGAUGGCCUUCUUGGACCUACUUUCUCAGCAAUGCUGGCAAAACAGUUUAAGAAGCUCAAGUUGGGCGAUCGUUUCUGGUUUGAAAGGCCUAGUCCAGAGGGUUUUUCACAAAAUAAACGUGAUGAAAUAAGAAAGAUGACUCUUGCCAAAGUUAUGUGUACAAACUUCGGGAUGGAUCAGAUAACGGAGGAUGUUUUCCAUGUUCAGAGUAACAAGAAUCAGUUAACAACUUGUAGCAGUAUUCCAGAGAUGGACCUUACCGAGUGGAUGGAAUGAUGGAAAAAGGAAUUGGCAUCCCAAAAAUAACUUUACCAAGGCUACAACACUAGCGAACGCCCUGUUAUAUAAAUUCUCCAGCUUACUACAUCUUUUUAUGAGGAUGUUUGCUUUCAAACUGAUAAUUUUCAAAUAGUCUUUAUACCAGUUAUGUGUUGCCUGUACCAAUUUUUAAACCUGAAGAUCUGC